AUGAUCGAUUCCACCUUGGCACCAAGAGCCAAUGACCAAGGGUUGGGCGAUGCCGUAGCAAGUGAUCCGUUUGCGACGCCUACGCUGAACCCAGCCGACCUGCCAACUCCGCCAGCACCCGCCGCACAGUUACCGUAUCGAGUGCAACGAGACGAGUCGACGAGUCGACCAAGUACACUAUAUGGUGGGCCGCAUCAUGAGCAAGCUGCCUACCCAUACAAGUCUGCGUCGAUGUCCUCUGCUGGGAACAGCUCCACCAUGACACCAAUCUCAUCAAUCGAUUUGGAGAAGGCGAGUCUUGGGAGGGAAAUCCGCCAACAAAAGCAUCACAGUAUAAGCCGCGAUCAAGAAAGCCGGGAUCGACGGAUAAGAGAUCCUGAGAAGGCGGCAGCGGCAAGAGACUCGCGUAGUCGUUCAAUACGGCACGAGACAGACAGAGUGGCUUAUCUGGAAGAGGGCGAGGAAUUGGACGAGAGAGAGUUGCAAGAGAAGAAGGCCGGCAAGAUUCUGCUCUUUCUCGCAGGGCCGGUUGUGGUUCUAUCGUUCUUGAACGCCAUCUGGACCUUCAUAUCGCUCUUCAUCACCGCCAUGGCUCAACCAGUACGACUCUGCGCUCGACGACCGACGUUUGGCCAACAGUUAGGCGGACUGCUCGGACCAGCCUUGAAUCUACAACUGAGAAGGCUAUACACCCCACUUACACCACAUGCCGACGAAGAUACAUCAUAUCGACCUGGGAUGCUUUUGGUAGUCCAGCUUCUUUCGCCAUUUCUCAGCCUCGGCAUGAUGGUCGCUGCGUGGGUCGUGGCAGUGUUCUGGCUGUCGUCUGCGGUCGUAGGAGAUCCAGCGGGUACGGACAAGCGUGAUGACGGGAAGGAGACUGUAUUGGUACUGCGAGGGUGGUGGGAGACGUGGCUUGAGAAGGCUAUUCAGGAAGAGUGA